AUGGCGUUGCAUCGAAGCGUCGUCAGAGAUGCUGAUAAGGAGAGGGACGAAGUUGAAAAAACAGGAAGAAGAAGAAAGAGGUCAACGAAGUUGGAGAUGAAGCUCUCUGCUUUACAUCAGAGCUACUUAAAUCGCCGGAACAACAGCUUCAGAUCUCCGUCGUCGCUCGAGUCUUCCGUCGACGGCUCCGGGAAGUCUCUAGUCGCCGUGUUUUGGCUCGUUCUGCACUGUCUCUGCUGCUUGAUUAGUCUAGUCCUCGGAUUCCGAUUCUCGCGAUUGGUCUUCUUCUUCCUCUUCUCCACUUCCUCCACCAAUCUCUACUCCGCUCCGUUCCGCCCAGACUUACCUCUGAAGCACCUCGAUGUCCGCGCAAUCGGCCGCAAUCUAGAUCCCUCUCCGGUAAUCGGAGGCAACGCGACUGUAUCGACGAGGAGCUCGAGGGUCGUCGUCGGGAGACACGGGAUCCGGAUCCGGCCGUGGCCGCACCCGAAUCCGGCGGAGGUGAUGAGAGCGCAUCGGAUAAUCGAGAGGGUGCAGAAGGAGCAGAAGACGGUCUUCGGGACGAAGAGCAGCAAGACGGUCAUCGCCGUGACUCCGACUUACGUCAGGACUUUUCAGGCGCUGCAUUUGACCGGCGUGAUGCAUUCGCUGAUGCUUGCUCCUUACGAUCUGGUUUGGAUCGUGGUUGAAGCUGGUGGCGCCACUAACGAGACGAGCUCCAUCAUCGCCAAAUCAGGUCUCAGGACGAUUCACGUUGGGGUUAACCAGAGAAUGCCUAAUACUUGGGAGGAUCGUAGCAAAUUAGAAGUCUUUAUGAGACUUGAAGCUUUGAGAGUGGUGAGGGAGGAGAAGCUUGAAGGGGUUGUGAUGUUUGCGGAUGAUAGUAACAUGCAUAGUAUGGAGUUGUUUGAUGAGAUUCAGAAUGUGAAGUGGUUUGGUUCUGUUUCCGUUGGGAUAUUGGCGCAUUCUGGAAACGCAGAGGAGAUGGUUAUGUCAAUGGAGAGGAGAGAAGAGAAGGAGGAGGAGGAGAUGGAGAGGUCUUCGUUACCGGUGCAAGGACCUGCUUGUAAUGCAACGGAUGAGUUGGUUGGUUGGCAUGUUUUCAAUACGUUGCCGUAUGCGGGGAAGAGUGCGGUUUACAUAGACGAUGUUGCUGCGGUUUUGCCUCAGAAGCUGGAGUGGUCUGGGUUUGUGUUGAAUGCGAGGUUGCUUUGGGAGGAAGGUGAGAGUAAACCGGAGUGGGUUAAGGACUUUGGGUUGUUGUUGAUGAAUGAGAACCGUGAAGGUGUUGUGGAGAGUCCUUUGUCUCUGUUGAGUGAUGUUUCUAUGGUUGAGCCUUUAGGAAGCUGUGGAAGACAGGUUUUGCUGUGGUGGCUUCGUGUUGAAGCUCGCGCUGAUAGCAAAUUCCCUCCCGGAUGGAUAAUGGAUCCUCCGUUAGAGAUCACAGUGGGGGCUAAACGAACACCAUGGCCAGAUGUUCCUCCUGAGCCGCCUACUAAAAAUAAAGACCAGAUGCAGCAAUUGUCUAAAGGCAAAACUGGUGUGGUGAUACCGAAGCAGCAGCAGCAGCAGCAGCAACAAUCCGGAAAAGUCAGAAAACCGAAACGCAGAAGUAAGAGGAAUAAGCACGAGCCUAAACCGACCGAUACAACGACGCAAGUUUCAUUUUCAUCGUCUAAGCAUCAAGAAAGAAACUGA